UUCACGUUUGUCCCUCAUGUAGAUUACAGUGUAUUUGCGCCGCCGUGUGGUAACAGUGCAACAUUGUCUUCUUGGUAUUAGGCGACUUUAGAGAUCAAAAGAUUAUGCUCUGUCUUAACAUGCCCCCAGCUACACUUUUUCCACCGCAGAAUAAAAUGAAGACGCGUCUUAUGAAAUUAUGCAGAUUUCUUUGCUUAGCGCUCACUUUCCCCUUACAUCUACUGGAGAUCACAGGUCUGUACGCUGCGUACAAACGCGUUUUCCCCUUGCUUGCCUACAAUAUAACAUUUUCAUACAACGACAAAAUGCACAAAGCCAAGAGGGACCUUUUUCGAAACCUGGGCAAAUUUGCGAACAGCGACGGAACUCUCCGGCUGCUGGAGAUCGGCUGCGGCAGCGGGGCAAACUUCAAGUUUUACCCACACGGCUGCACGGUGACCUGCACCGACCCAAACCCGCACUUCGAGAAGUACCUGCGGAUGAGCAUGGACGCCAACAAGCAUUUGACUUAUGACACGUUCAUGGUGGUCUCUGGAGAGGACAUGCACGACGUGAAGGACGGGUCGGUGGACGUUGUUGUGUGCACCCUGGUUCUCUGCUCGGUCAGCAGCGUGCAGCGGGUGCUGCAGGAGGUCCGACGCGUCCUCAAGACAGGUGGAGCUUUCUACUUUUUGGAGCACGUCGUCUCAGAUCCCUCUUCCUGGACACACUUCAUCCAGCAGGUGUUUGAGCCUCUGUGGUACUACCUUGGAGAUGGCUGCACGGUUACCAGAGCAACAUGGAGAGAUUUAGAGGCAGCUGGUUUUUCUGAGCUUCACCUCAGACACAUGGAGGCCCCAGAGGUUUCUCUCAUGAUAAGACCACACAUCAUGGGAUACUCUGUCAAAUGACUGCAGGGGGGACUGGGCAGAUUUCAGUGUGCCUCUCAUGGGUUUCAGAGGGUAUAUCAUAUUUUCACUCUUAGCCCGGUCAUUAGUCACUACAAAGAAUAUUUUACUGGCGGCUAACCCAGUUAUAUUCUGAUCAUUUUACAGUUUGUCUCCAUAGACUUCUUCUGCAAACACUUUCACAGGGCUGCCACUGACAGAAUAGCAAAACCAGUCCAAUUAAACACAAAUACAUUAACCCUGCUGCAUUUACUGAGUGAAAAUAUAUUUAUUUACUUACAGAAUCAGCAACAUUUUCAUACACUGUUUGUUCUUGUUCCCCAACCCUCCCAAGAUGUACAUAAUAAAUAUUACCUGGACACUGUGCUUUUUCCCUGAUUGUCUAAGUAACUGCUGAGAAACAACCCAACAAACCUCACUCAAGGUUAUCUUUUCUGUUACCCUUUAUGUUCCAUUGCACAAAAAUAAGGAAUGACAAUUGUAACAUUUCCUUAUAGGGAAAUGGGGGGAUAAUUGCUGGUUCACAAAAUAAACAGGAAUUAUGUCUGUGUGGUAUUUGUACAGUCAAAAUUCUGAAAAUGCUGUCAGAAUAUAAAAAAAAGGAUAAUAAUCCGACAGCAACAUUUUAAAAAACACAAGAAAAAAAAGGAAAGGGAUGCAUUUACAAACUGAGACUCAAAGUUAAAGCUCACAAUUUCAAACCUCCCAGUAUUAAAAAUGUACACAACUAUAAAUGUUAUAGCAUUAGCAAAUUUUUAAAAAACAGGUGGAAAAAUGGCCAAUUUCUUUUUUUUUUCUUUGUCGAGUACAUCUUACUGCCAUCACAAGUCACUUUUAUCUAUCAAACAGAGUAAAAAAAAAAAGAGGAUCUCAGCCUGAAAUGAAGUGUUCCCAGAAACCGCGUUCAUGUCCAACCAGCUGAGCUGUGCUGCUCCCACAUUCUGUCCCGAUCCUCGACCUCUAACCAAACAGGUUAUCCUGUUUUCACACAAUAAAGGUCCUUUAAUGUUUUGAGUUCUUCGAUAAGGGUC